AUGCGUUUCAGUUCGCUCGUCGCCGUGCUGUCCGGCCUGGUAGCUACGGUUGCGGCCGGUGCUGUCAGUUAUCCGCGCCCUGACAUCUACAGCAAGUCGGCACACUUCUCCUUGAAAGUAAAUGGCGAACAAAUGUACACGGUCAGCUAUGACCGGUACGACUACGUCCACCUCUCCAUGGACACCGGAAGUCCAACCGAGUUCCGCAUCAAGGCUAUGACCGAGUCGAAGAUCAACACCUAUCGAAUCUCGCCAAUGAACCUGCCUAUCAAAGCUAAGGUGGAAGGCCAAGAGCUUGUCUUUUCACUCAAGCAAGCCCACUAUCUGAUCGUUAAAAUUAAUGAUAGAAAGGAGUUCGUUAUCAUGAUCGAUCCCAAGGAGACCGAUGUCCCCAAGGAGAGGGGGGAUGGCAUCUUCAAUGUUCUCGACUACAAGGCUGAUAACACUGGCAAGACCCUUAAUGCUGGUAUCCAGAGUGCUAUGGAUGCUGCUGGCAAGAAGCCUGGCAGUAUUGUCUAUGUUCCUCCUGGCCUGUACCAGAUGGGCAACCUUGUGCUGAGGAAUCGCACGUCUUUGUAUCUGGCUGGAGGAGCGACGCUUCGGUUUACUGGAAACGCCAAGGACUACAAGAAAUAUUUCAAGAAGGGUGAUCUCUUUGAUGCUACCUGGUGGAUCUCGACUGAGUUCGACUCCCAAGAUAUCAAGAUUUACGGCCGCGGAACAAUUGACGGCAAUGGGAAGAAUACGCGGGACAACAAGUACAUGGCGAAGCUUGUUGUCCCCGCAGGGACCAAGGACUUCAGGUUCGAUGGUCCUCUUGUUCGAGACGGCUCUUUUUGGGCUGUCACACCGAUCCAGGUUACUGGCUGCUACUUGACCAAUAUCAAGAUCCUCGAUCGAUUUGAUGUUACUCAAAACGAUGGAAUCGAUGUUAUCGAGUCCACCAGGGUGACUGUCAGAAGAGCUAUCGCGAUUGCGAAUGACGAUAGUUUCUCAACCAAAACCUGGUUGGAGGAUUACGGCCAGACAGUUCCCUACCCAUACCGCCCACGCGAGCUCCGUGAUGUUACUUUUGAUGACUGCCUGGCUUGGACCUACUGCUAUGGGUACAAGGUUGGCCAAGGUGUCCACGAGCUGCAAGAGAAUGUUGUAUUCAAGAACAGUGUCGUUUACAAGGCCGGCGUGGGUCUCGGUAUCCACCACCUGUUCGGCACCGCGGCUGCGAACAAAGUCACCUUCGAGAAUAUUGACAUCGAGGACCUUGCAGGAUCCCCCGGUGGCCGGGCUACCUGGCUCGCUAUCUGGAUCAGGGAGGGUCUCAAGCGCGGCGUGGGACCCAUCACGAACACCGUCAUCAAGAACAUCAAGGCUCGCAAGCAGGGUGGCAAGAACGGCUUCCUGAGCGGCUGGAAUUCGACCGUCAAGGUCAGUGGUGUAACAUUUUCCGACGUUUACAUGAAUGGGGCAUCGAAGCCAGCUACUACGCUGAAGGAGAUGAACUUGGAUAAUGCCAAUCACACCUUCACUGAGGGGAUCAAGUUUGCGAACACCAAGUGA